AUGGCGAACCCUCCACCAAGGACCAAAAAGGAGCUCCAGUCCUUCCUCGGUAAGGUCAACUUUUUACGACGGUUCAUAUCCAAUUUGGCGGGAAAAAUCCGGCCGUUGACUCCUCUGCUCAAACUGAAGGACUCGGAACAGUUCGUAUGGGGAGCAGAACAUCAAGCCGCCCUCGAUGACAUCAAGAAAUAUCUGUCCCAACCACCGGUCCUUAUGCCGCCAAAGAGAGGGAAACCCUUGAGACUCUAUAUUUCGGCCUCAGAGGGCUCCAUCGGCUGUCUGCUGGCUCAAAACAACGAGUCUGGGCGAGAACAAGCCGUAUACUAUCUAAGCCGCACCCUCAACACGGCCGAACUAAACUAUUCGCCGAUCGAGAAGUUGUGCCUGGCGCUUUAUUUCGCGGCCACCAAGUUGCGGCAUUACAUGCUUCCUUCGGUCGUUCAGAUCAUCUCCAAGACCGAUCUCAUCAAGUAUAUGCUCACUCGGCCGAUCAUACGCGGCCGAAUUGGGAAGUGGACGAUGGCAUUAUCGGAAUUUACCUUUCAAUAUAUGGGUCAGAAAUCGGUCAAAGGUCAGGCAUUGGCCGAUUUCCUGGCUCAUCACUCGGCCCAGGGGCAGGAUGGAGAGUUGGAGGUCGAGAUCGGCAUGGCCCGCAUGGAAAAGAACUACUGGACUAUGUACUUUGACGGCUCCUGUAUCGAGGCCAGGUCAGGCGCCGGAGUCGUGAUCGAAUCCCCUCAAGGGCAAAGAUGGCAGUUCGCAUUCCAACUCAACUUCAAAUGCACCAAUAAUCAGGCCGAAUAUGAAGCACUCAUCAUCGGUCUCGAGAUUUUAAAAGAAAUGAAGGCAACCCGUGUUUUGGUCUACAGUGAUUCUCAACUGGUAAUUAACCAACUAAUCGGGGAAUACCAAUGCACAAGUGAGAAUUUAACUAUGUAUUAUGUGACAGCCCUCAACACGGCCGAUGAUUUUUCCAGAAUUACCUUUGUUCAUGUACCGCGCGCCGAAAACCAUGAGGCCAAUGAGAUGGCCCAAGUAGCAUCAGGUGUAAACAUCCCGGAUACCGACCACGAUCGCGUAAUAAGGAUCGAGAGGCGUACCCUGCCGGCUUUGGCCGAACGCAGGAUGGCAGCGCAAGUAUCUUCGGCCGAAAUUGCCGACGAGGUCAACAUGGCCGAAGCCGACUGGCGCUACCCCAUAGUGAAAUAUUUGCGUGACCCCUCGGGCAGCCAUGAGAGAACUACACGUUUCCGGGCUCGAUGUUAUUUAAUUUAUCAGAACGAGUUGUAUCGAAAGGGAUCAAACGGCUUAUUGCUUUUAUGUCCCAGUGCCGAAGACAUCAAGGUUAUCAUGACCGAGUCCCACGAGGGGAUUUGCGGCGCUCAUCAGUCUGGCGUCAAGAUGAGAUGGCUGGUUCGGAGGCACGGCUAUUACUGGCCGACCAUUUUAAAAGACUGCAUAGAGUACAUGAGGGGGUGUAUUAAGUGUCAAAUUUAUGGCCCCAUACAAAGGGUACCGGCCGAAGCCCACCACCCGGUUACUAAACCGUGGCCAUUCAGAGGAUGGGCCGUGGAUAUCAUUGGCAAAAUCCAUCCGGCCGCGUCCAACCAACAUGCAUGGAUUUUGGUGGCGACCGACUAUUUUACUAAAUGGGUCGAGGCGGAGUCCUAUCGGUCGAUUUCCAGCGCACAGGUAGUCAAAUUCUUUGAAAAUCACAUCGUCCACAGGUUCGGUAUCCCAGAAACUAUCACGGCCGAUAACGGCCCAGUAUUCGCAUCGGCCGAGACACGGGAAUACACCGAAAAGAUGGGGAUCAAAUUGGUCCACUCAACACCUUACUACCCCCAGUCUAACAGGCAGGCCGAGGCAAGCAACAAGGUAAUCAAGGGCAUCCUUGAGAAAAUGUUUUAG